GCGCGCCCGCCUGCCGCCCGCAGGGGGGAGCUUGCACCCGCCUCGGUGCGCUGACAGCCGCGGGGCGACACCUGGACUGCCCCGCUAGAGUGCGGGGGUAGAGCUGCUGGCGCGCCUUCGCGGGAGAGGAGGCUCCGAGCGCCGGGUCCCGAGGAAGGUAGGUGAUGCUCGGAUCUUGCUGUCUCUCCUCAAGUCGAUGAUCUGGACGGAAGGAGAAUCAGUUGUGUCUAAAACUGGUCCAGAGUGGGAGUGUGAGGAGGAAUGCCACCAUAGGAACAAGUGACCUGUCUGGCAAGGAAUUCAGCGUCCUUCUGAGAGCCUCUUCUCCACCUUGUCCCACAGGCCACCACUUCCUCGCUGAAGGGGGUACGGAGGAUUUUGCAAUCAGUCACCUAAAACUUUAGCUGAGCCAACACACAAGACUUUUGUUGCAGAACUGAACAAGAUAUUAUUUCACUUAAUUUUUGUGUCUUUUAAUCAUUUGAACUACAGUCAUAGUUGUUUUGCUUUGAGAAUUGUAAGCCGGAUUUGUUGCUAUUAUCUUUGUGUAUGCGUCUCAAAAUGAUUGACUUGAGCUUCCUGACCGAGGAGGAGCAAGAAGCCAUCAUGAAGGUUCUGCAGAGGGACGCUGCUCUGAAGAGAGUGGAAGAGGAGAGAGUCAGACGUUUGCCUGAAAAAAUUAAGGAUGACCAACAGUUGAAGAAUAUGAGUGGCCAGUGGUUUUAUGAAGCCAAGGCAAAAAGGCACAGAGACAGAAUUCAUGGUGCAGAUAUCAUCAGAGCAUCCAUGAGAAAGAAGAAGCUCCAGGUAGCAGCUGAGCAGAGUAAGGACAGAGCAAAUGAGGCAAAGGAAAGCUGGGUGAAUAACGUCAACAAAGAUGCUAUCCUUCCCCCAGAGCUAACUGGUGCUCUAGAAGAGCCAGAGGAUGUAGCACCAGCAAGCCCAAGUUCUAGCGUGGUAAAUCCAGCUUCCACCGUGAUUGAUAUGUCCCAGGAAAACACAAGGAAGUCAGCUGUGUCUCCGGCUAAGCAAAGGAAGAACCCAUUUAAUAGCUCCAAGUUGCCAGAAGAUCACUUAUCUCAACAAACCAAAAGUGAGCCGUCAAAAAAUGGAAAGGCUGGUUUCUUUAAGACUUCAAAAGAAGGUGAAUUGUCAGAGUCAAAAGAAGAAUCGUCGAUCCCAGAUAUUUCAAGCCAAAAUUUAGAGAAACCAAAGCAGACAUUUCCAGGCCCUGAGAAUGGAUCUCAGAUCAAAGCUCCAAUCCCCAAAGCCAGGAAAAUGCUCCACAAAUCACAUGAGUUAAAGCAAGAUGAUAACCAGCCUUUUCCUAGACAAAGGACAGACUCCCUGGGUGCAAGGGGGACUCCGAGAGGGAUCCUGAAGCGCAACUCCAGUUCUAGCAGCACAGACUCUGAAACGGUUCGUUUUCAUCAGAACUUUGAACCCAAAAGCAAAAUUGUGUCACCUGGCCUAACCAUCCAUGAGAGAAUUUCUGAGAAGGAGCAUUCCUUGGAAGAUGACGACUCUUCAAACUCCCUGGAGCCAUUAAAACAUGUGAGAUUCUCUGCAGUGAAGGAUGAACUCCCACAGAGCCCUGGGCUAAGCCAUGGCCGGGACAUAGGAGAAUUUAGUGUUUUAGAAUCUGACAGAUUGAAGAAUGGAAAAGAAGAUAAAGUGGACGUAGAUGAGUUUUGGAAUGACCCUAAACCUCCCCAGUACAGAAAGCCUUUGCCUUUACAUCAAUCAGCCUCAAGCCCAAGUGCAUCAAAAAAUGAAAUAUGUCAGCCAAUGACUUCUGGUUCUUUUCCAAUUAAUGGGCACCGUUCUCCCUCACAAGUUUUAACUACAAGACCAGAGUCCAUUGAGAAUUCACCUACCAUCAAUGAACACAAAGCCAAACCAUCAGAAUUGUCAAGGCUUAAAUCAGAAUUGUCCAAAAGCCCUGCUGAUGGACUGUCUUGUGUUGAGCCUGAGCCAUCUCAGGUGCCAGGUCACAGUUCUAGAGACCAUCAGCAAGGUAAGCCCCCGCUUCUCAAGGCCCUAAAAGCAAUGACGUCCUCACACUCUGAUCCAUUUGCCACUGAGAUAAGGAAGACAACUGAUGAUUCCAUAUCUAAAGUCCUAGACUGGUUUAAUCGAAGUUGUCAUUCAGAAGACAAUAAGUCAUCUCUCCAACAUCCCCAAGGAAUAGAGCCCAAAGAAGAAAUAGACUCAGAAUCACAGGUUACUACUACCUUGGUGACAGAUGACACCAGUGUAAAAGAAAGUGGUUCAAAGGCUCUAUUAUCUGCCAAAGUUAAACUGACGCCUAUGGAAUCUGAUUUGACAUUCCAGGAAAAGGGAAAUAUGCUACCUUCUGGAAAUUGCCAAAAUAAUAAUGUGAAUAUCAAACCCAAACCUAUUAAUUUGUUCCAACAAGGCAAGGAAGGUCUAGGCAUAUUGCAAUCAUGUGAAAUCUAUGACCCAAAUCAAGGGAGUAAAAGUAUGGACUAUAGCCAAGGUUCGAAAAACAUAGGAGAAGGAAAUCGGGUACUUCCCCCAACCAGUAACUAUUCCUACAGUGCUGUCACAGGACCUGAUGCAGAAGACCAAGUUCCAUGCAACAUUAAGGCUGUUGGCACCUUAGGUGAAGAAGAGCCUAAGCUUCAUGGUUUUGAAAAAAGUAGAGGAAACUCAGAAGUGAAUUUUGACUCUUCAACACUUGUCAAAGAACCAAGUUUGAAAGACAACAUGAAGACAGAGAAAAAGAGCAAAGAAAAAGAUACAUACAUCCUGAAAGCUUCCUUAGAGCCAGAGUAUAUUGAGUCACCACAUGGGAUUGCCAAAGACAAAUCUUGGAAGAAGCCUGAAGUCCAAUUACAGGAUGCUGUUGAGGCUCCCAAGAACCAAGUACAAAGAGAGAAAUACAAAAGAGUAAGUGACAGAAUAUCUUUUUGGGAAGGUGAGAAAGCUGCUGCUAAAUUAACUCAUAAAGAACCCACAUCAUCAUGCGGUCAAGGGCGACCUUCUGCUAAAGCAUAUCAGCCUGUGAAGUCCAUGGACAAUUUAUCUACAGGCCAGACUGAAUAUAAUCAAGUCAUUAGCAAACAAGUGGUCCUAGAUGACAAUGGCCACAUAGCCCAUCUCUCCAGUUUUUAUUCCUCGAAUAAAUCUAAAGAGACCAGGCCUCAGAAACCAGGUCCAUCCAAAAAUUAUCCUUCAGUUGACCAAUCAGGUGAAAUGUCUCCUUUUCAGAAUAGGAUAAAUGAGCCUAUAAAAAUGUUGCCAGAGGCUGAGAGCUGGCAUUAUAAAAGGGAUCUUACUUUACCAUCAUGGCAACAUCCUUCAAAUGUUGCGAAUGGAAUAUAUACUCCUUUGGAGAAAGACAGAUCCUUAAUUGGUGAAUCAAAUCCCAACUUUAAAGUUAUGUCCCUAAAAGAAAGAAUGGAUGAACCCAAUAUGGAACAGGUCUAUAAUCACUCUCAAUUUGAGAAUUUGAGAAAGUUUUGGGACUUAGGAGCCAAUACAAAUAGUCAAGACAAUGUUGAGAAGAAUACUACCAUAGUAAGCCAAAAACCUUUGGUGCCUUUUAAUAGCCAGAAACACAAAGAACUCAGUGACAUUAAAUCAUCAGGAAAAAAUAUCCAUGAAAUAGGGACACUUCCAGGUAAAAAAAAAUUACCAGCAAGAGAGGAAAUUGAGAAAUUAAAUUCAAAGUGCACACUCCAGGUGUUACCAGACGAAACCACAUUUCCAUUGAGACCAUCCAGAAAGUCUGCUCAUCAGUUGCCAGGAAAUGAGUCAUCAAAGGAAAAUGUGAAAAAGAAUACGGAAUGGUUUGUUACACCAGUGUUCAAGGAAGAAAAGGAUUACUCAGACCAAGAGAUACAAGAAUCAAUAGUAAAAACAAGUGUUUUGUCUAAAGACUACAAAGACACUUUUAAUGACAACUUACAGAAGUUACUUUCAGAAGCUUCAUCACCAGCCAUGCAAACUUCUGUUGGAAAAGUUCAUGAAAAACAAGUGCCUGAACGAGAGAUUUCUGGAAAUAAAACAUGGCCUCAUGACACAGAUUUUGCUGAUACUGAGGGAGAAGACAGAGGACAUGAGGAGAUCAUUAAUGAGCACGUAGACAAAACAGUAGCUCCUCCAAAGGUCAAACCGAACACUUUGACUGCUAGUCUAGACAAACUCCUGAAGGAAGCAACUGGGACUUCACCUUCUCCCUUACCAACCAUGUUAGAACCUGUUACCACUAGGAUCAACUCUGAGCCUGAAGAGAGUAGAGUUUAUGAAAAAGGGAUAGAAUGGAGUCACAACAUAUCAGACUAUCAAAAAGAGAUAAUAGCUCCUUUUCCAAAAGGGAAAGAAACUUUGGGAAAUGCAGCUCUCCUUCAGAAAGCUGAAAGUGGUGAGUGCCAGCUAAACACGGAGGAUUUGUGUCAGAUGGCUGCAGAAAGUUCUCACUCAUUGGGUCGACCUUCUCAUCUAUACAGAAAGGAUUCUUUUGGGGAUGUGGCCAACUCUCCCCAAAAGAUGCCUUAUUCCAGGGAUGCUCAUCUUGCUCCCCAGGAUAAGGCAUUACCUUCACAAAGGGAAAUUUCAGAGACUGUGGAAAAAGUCAUUCUUCCAUCUAACCCUGCCUUGAAGUAUGUAAAUGAUACAUUACAAAAGCUACUUAGAGAAGCUUGGUUGAGCUAUCCAGUUGGGAGGGGAGUAGUGCCUGGAGAAGUAAAAGCAGAAUUUCCUGACGGAGUUGAGGCAGCAGGUAGCCCCCAGAAUUCUACACCAUGGGCUAUAAUGGACAUUUUAAUUCCAGACAGAAAGGAUUUUUAUCCCUUCACCGUAGUUCCUGAUAAAACUCAUAAAAUUGGAUCUUACUUAGCUGCCCGAGUAUCUCCAUCAGAACAAACCCUUUGUUCAUCUGAUUGCACUGUUACUCAGUAUGGCAAAAAGUUAUCCCAGGGAGUGGCAGAAAUUGUGAAGGAAACAGUUAUUCAACCUAAAUCAGAGUUCCUAGAAUUCAGUGCUGGCUUAGAAAAACUACUGAAGGAAGCAGUUGAAAGCCCCUCCUCAAAAAAUGAAAGUGAUACAGGGACUCUUUCUCCAUCAAAGCUAACAGGUAGUACUGAGGUGCCCAGGCAAGCUGCUUCUGAAUUCCAUCCUGAGGAAAUCAAAGAAACAGUAAAAAAGUCUGAGGCGCCAUCAAUAACUGAGAGUGCUUUUGAUAUGGGUUUUGAGAAACUUUUUAGAGAAGCAUCGGAAACUCCUUCUUACCUGCUCCAGUUGUCAGUGAAGGAAGAAACUCCUGAGAAGGAGUGUCCACAGUCAGAGCAGGCCAGUUUCUUGAAGACAGUGCCCCGUUUUUACUGGACAGCCUCAGAGGCCUCUGAAAGGAAGCUUAAGAAUAAUGUUCUCAAAUCUCAAGUCAACCAGUGUGAUGAAGUGUUGGGCGGACACCAAGUUAUGACUGAUUUAUCAGUAGAUCUUUGUGGUCCUGACAGUGGGGUUGAGAUCUUUGGAACCCCACAGCUCUUUGCAGAACAUAAAAUAGGGGUCACUGAAACUAUAAUAGCCCCAGAGGACAAGGACAGUGAAAGUGAGGUUGCAGGGGUUCAAGAAGGGGCUUCUCAGGAACCUGGCUUUGAAAAGGCUCCUAAAGCAAUGAGUGUGUCCACAAAUAGGCAACCCAUUUCUCUCCUGACAGACAAAGCAAACCCUACAAAAACAAGUAAAGUUGAAUUGAUUCUGGCAUCACCAUGUAAGAGAGAAGAGAAAAAGGAAGAGAAAGAAGGUUUCUCUGACUCUGAUUUUUCAGAUGGAAACAUUGGUUCCAAUGCAGAAAGCUGGAGAAAUACCUGUAGUUCAGAAGAAGAACCCAGUCCUGUCUUGAAAACUUUGGAAAAGAGUGCUACUAGGAAAAUGCCUUCCAAAAGUCUAGAAGACAUUUCAUCAGAUUCACCAAAUCAAGCAAAAGUAGAUAAUCUGCCAGAAGAAUUAGUACGUAGUGCUGAAGAUGAUCAAAAAGCAGAUCAGGAACCAGAUACAAAUGAAUGCAUACAAGGAAUUUCCACAGUGCCUUCACAACCUGAUAAUCAGUUUUCCCACCCUGACAAACUCAAAAGGAUGAGCAAGUCCGUGCCAGCAUUUCUCCAAGAUGAGAGUGAUGACAGAGAAACAGAUACAGCAUCAGAAAGCAGUUACCAGCUCAGCAGACACAAGAAGAGCCCAAGCUCUUUAACCAAUCUUAGCAGCUCCUCUGGCAUGACGUCCCUGUCUUCUGUGAGCGGCAGUGUGAUGAGCGUUUACAGUGGAGACUUUGGCAAUCUGGAAGUGAAAGGAAAUAUUCAGUUUGCAAUCGACUAUGUGGACUCAUUGAAGGAGUUGCAUGUCUUUGUGGCCCAGUGUAAAGACUUAGCAGCAGCAGAUGUUAAAAAACAGCGCUCAGACCCAUAUGUAAAGGCCUAUCUGUUACCAGACAAGGGCAAAAUGGGCAAGAAGAAAACACUUGUAGUGAAGAAGACCUUGAAUCCUGUGUAUAAUGAGAUACUGCGGUAUAAAGUCGAAAAGCAAAUCUUAAAAACACAAAAGCUGAACCUGUCCGUUUGGCAUCGAGAUACUUUUAAGCGCAAUAGUUUUCUAGGGGAAGUAGAACUUGACUUGGAAACUUGGGACUGGGACAACAAACAGAAUAAACAACUGAAGUGGUACCCUCUAAAGCGAAAGACAGCACCAGUUGCCCUUGAAGCAGAAAACAGAGGUGAAAUGAAGUUAGCUCUCCAGUAUGUUCCAGAUCCAAUUCCUGGUAAAAAGCUUCCUACAACUGGAGAAGUGCACAUCUGGGUGAAGGAAUGUCUCGAUCUACCUCUGCUAAGGGGCAACCAUCUAAAUUCUUUUGUUAAAUGUAUCAUCCUUCCAGAUACAAGUAGGAAAAGUCGCCAAAAGACAAGAGCUGUAGGGAAAACCACCAACCCUGUCUUCAACCACACCAUGGUGUAUGAUGGUUUCAGGCCUGAAGAUCUGACAGAAGCCUGUGUAGAGCUUACUGUCUGGGACCAUUACAAAUUAACCAACCAGUUUUUGGGAGGUCUUCGGAUUGGCUUUGGAACAGGUAAAAGCUAUGGCACUGAAGUGGAUUGGAUGGACUCUACUUCAGAGGAAGUUGCUCUCUGGGAAAAGAUGGUGAAUUCCCCCAACACUUGGAUUGAAGCAACCCUGCCUCUCAGAAUGCUAUUAAUUGCCAAGAUUUCAAAAUGAACUCAACAUCGACUGGCUCCUCCACUAAAAACCACUAAACAGGUGGAAUCUGAUCUUGAAAAUCUGACUGUGUGGACAGAGUUCUCACCUGUUACCUAUUUCCACUAACAGAUGCCACACAGCAUGUUCAAGUCAACCUGCAUGUGCUUCUUUGGUUACAAGGCCCAAGAGAUUUAAAUAAUAAUAAACAGUCUAACUUAUUUGUGCCCUCAACAUUAAAGAAGAUAUUUGAGAAAGCUAGCAAAAUCAAAUGGUACUGAGGCUUCAGGGAAAACACUUUCAAAAAAUAUUAAAUAUGGGGUGAUGUUAACGAGCAACAUUUUCUAGUUUGCUGUUGUGUGUUUCACACCACAAUUUUGUGCGACAGUUCGGAGGGCCUGCUUCUCGGUGGUUGAAAACCCUUGCAGGAACUGAAAAUGUAUAGUUUUUGUAAAAGAGGGACUGAAAAACACUCCUAUAAGAAGUAGGGAGGUGGGGGAAAUAUCAGUGAUGAUAAAGAAUUUGACCAUAAGAAAACGAUAUACUCUAUAAUCUCUAUUAUGAUAUGGAAUUCCGUGUUGGGGACUUGAGACUGAAUUUAUUGCAUGUAUUUCUUUCUGCCUUUGAAACUGCUUUCCACCCGGCCCCCAAUGUCAGAGUCUCAGAUGUGCUUUGGUGCCACCUCCUGGCUCAUAGGUGGAAUUCAGUUUUUGGCUUAAUUUUCUCCCAAGCUCUCAACCCUGUAUUUUGUCAUAGACUAUGUGAAAAAACCAAAAACCUUGCAUAUAUAAGAUUUUGGUUUUCCUGUAACUCUACUAUAUGAAAUUAGCAUGAGAGUGGUCACAGGCAUGCUUUGCAACAAAGUUUUAAUUAGAAUGUAAAUUGUUAAACUUUGCUUCCUAUGUAUAAUUUUCAUACAGUAUUUUGUAAAAACCCUUAGAAGAAAUUAUGAUAUGAUUUAAUUGUGUUGUCAAGUUAAAUAGACUUCUUAUUUUAAAUGAGCUACUUCAUGUUAGAAGUCCUAAAAUCUUAAAUUCACAGCAAGGCUAAAGAAUUGGUAAGCUAACAUUUCUCGAGUCUUUACUGUAACUCUGGACAUCAUUUCCUCCGAGUGAGAUGCUUUGACCACGUUGUUGAAAGUGGAAGUUUUUCUUUUAAAGAAGUAGUUGAAAAGCAUUGAAGAUAUGUUAAUAUUUAUUUUUGAAAAGUUUUCCCCAGAGACAUUUUUUGGGUCAUUUUAGGAUGUAAAGCAUGACUCCUCCUUAGGACCCAACUUGCUUGCCUUUCUCAAAACAAGCACUGUAGGUUAGGCGGGGUCUGGAUGGUCAGGAGUGUGAAACCUUACGACAGGUGUCUAGGAAACAUCACUGAAAAUGACUAGUGUGCUUGUCUCCUCUGAACAGAUGUUAGAACCUCUAUCCACUUGAAACACGUGAGAAACUUCUGCCCAGUAAGAGCGGCUAACUUAGAACCCCCUUCCCGUGGUCUCUCAAGGUCUUUUAGGGAGAUGUGUAGUCUAGCUCUAUUUCCUGAUCCUGCUCUGACCACAAGGAGGGGCACGAGCUGAGUGGAGGCGCAGCUCCCAGGUGGAAAGUACAGAUCCUGUUCCAGCUCCUGCCGCUUCAUGGGGCCAGCUCUUUCUCAGCCCUUCUUUCAGUUGCCUGCUCAGCCACCUCCCAGCAGCCAGCCAGCUCUGAAACACUGCGAUUGGUUCUAGUGUCUCCCAUCUAGGACUGGGACUGCCUGCCUCCUCCUAUUCUCAGAUCCCUGACCUGCAAAACACCAGAGUGGUCAGUAGAAGCACCUUCGGUAUCCAAAUGAUCUGGGUUUGAAUUCUGGCUCUACCACUCGGGGUGACACGGGGUAACUUGUUCAACCUCUCUGUGCCUUCGUUUCUUUGUUCCCUGCAAACUAUAAAAUGUAUAUACUGAUGCCUACCUUUCAAGAAUAUUGUUAGAAUUAAAUGGGAGAAGAUGUACAAAUGCCUAGUACUGUGCAGGUUAUAUAGAAGAACUCUGGAGAUAGUAGAUUCAAAAAAAGAGACAUUAAAAGACUUACAGGCAAGUGGAGGGGACUCAUUGGUCACCACUAGGGAGAGCAUCAGCCCAGUUUUAGGCUUUGAACUUCUGGGGAGGAAAUAUAUUGGAUAAUUUCAGGAUCAAAGGUAGGUGGGGGAAAAAAUGGUAGAGCAAGGAAAACAACCAUGGCAGAGAGGAGCCCAGAGUCAUUAUUACUAAAUGGAAGUUCUCUCAGAAAAGAGAUGGUAUCUAAUUUAUUAAUGUAUACUUAGCCUCUAGCACCACACUAUACCUAGUAGCUGUUUGUUGAGUAAAUAGGUAAAUGAAUAUUGAUUAGGGUCUUGUGAGAGUCUCAGACUUGACAAGUUAUCUAUGGACUUAGUUUUUUAAAAUAAUUUUAACAUAGAAAUGUAACCAAUUUUUAAUGUGGAAAAUCUACUUAAUCAACAAAUAUCACCAAGCACUCACUAUGUGCAAGGGGCAUAGAAAGGUGGAGGGGAGUAGAGGAAGCAUCCAUAAGCUUAUCCCUCAAGAAACAACUGCUAUUAACACUGAGUAUUUUUCUGUCGUGUUUUCUUUUCUUAGGAAAUAUAUUCUGUGAAUUCACUUUACUACAUCAGACAACCAUAUGUGGUAAUCAGCAAAUACAUUUAAUAUAUCUGUGACCCUUUUUUUUAUAUGAA